CCUAUUUAUUCUAGGAUAUUCUGGAAUAUUUUUACAAAUCUUACGUGGGCCUGUGUCUUUGCUCGAUUUUGUUGCAUUUUCGCUGCGACUAAACCGAACAAAGCUUGCAUCAUAUCGUAGAUAUGAUGUACCGGAUGAAUUUUAAAACCCAUUUAUAAAAGUUUGACUCUCAACAAAGUUAAGAGCGCAUAACCUAUCGUUCGUCCGAGUGACAUAACCUUUCGUCAUACAGGUAGAGUCACGCGGUGAGACGUGCGUGGACACGUGAAAAUAAUAUCAGUGGUUGAUAAUAGAAGUGAUCGGGAACUUUCACGUUACGAGAUGACAAUUGGUUACACGUGUGCUAUUAUAUUAAUAUGCUACUUUAACAUGGUACAUGAAUGAUUACUCCGACGUUUAUCUGACGACUUGAUAACGUUCAGUGGACUUUACGCAAAUACGCAAUUAAUACGCGCGGAAAAAUAAUACAGAACGGUCUGUUAACGUUUUUGAUAAUAACAUUCGAUAAAAUGAGUCUCGCGAUGAUUCAGAGGUUCACGAUAUCGUGCUGCGGAAAACGCAUGUUCGACCUCGACGUAUGUCGGAGGAUCACAUCGAGUUGGCAUUUGACGCCGAGGAAAUCGUCGACAGAGCACGUGGGAUCACUCGCACGUCACACAAACACAAUUCAUACGAGACUUUAUCACGGUACACUGUUACUGCACACAAACCAAUUGAAGGAAAAUGAGGAUGCCACGGGGAAUAUAUCCACUUUGCAAAUCAAGAAAAGACUGCCCAGGAGGAACAAAGCUGUGAUAAGUGACGAUAAGACACCCGAGAAUGAUGUAUGGAACGUGAAAGCUCUGGUGACCGCGGAAGAAUACAAUUUGGAAGCUUUAGCCUACGGCCUCCUGACUCAGCAGUUGUAUGUCCCCAACAAAAUAUCCACGUCUACUAACUCUUUGCCCGACGUCAUACACGCGGUGGCCAAGUACGAAGUAGGGCACGAAUCCCGAGAAAUCUUUUUCUUCCGAGAAGGUAGCAUUGUUAUGUGGAAUAUAUCCGAUCUCGAAUGCGGAAACCUAUUGCAAUUUUUGAGAUGUUACGAGCAAAAUCGUUACACGGAAGAGCUGAUUCAUACCGAGAGCGAGUUAAUGACUUAUGCUUAUGCGGAUUUCGGGAAGAAGAGCCACUUGAGAGACGGCAAUAUCAUUCUGGCGCGGGAGGCUGGCAACUUGGACAAGUACACGUUCUCGAACGCCAUGGCGCAGUCCGUCAAGCUGGGCAUAUGGGAGGUGUCGUUGAAUCGCUACAUCGACUCGAUCGAGUUCGUGACGGAGGACCUGAAGGCCGGCAGGAAGCUGCGGAUGACGCAGGAGGAGGUGUUGAGAAAGCAGGGUGAGCUGUUUAAUCUACGGCACCGCAUCAACCUGAGCUCGGAUCUCUUGGAUACGCCCGACUUCUACUGGGAGCGUGACGAUCUCGAGAGUCUGUAUCAGCAAAUCUACGGCUAUUUCAGCAUCGCCAAGCGUACGAGGGUGAUGAACGAAAGACUGAAUCACUGCGUGGAACUGGUAAGCAUUUUGUCGUCGCACCUGAGCGAUCGUCAUCAUAUCCGUUUGGAGUGGAUGAUCAUUAUACUCAUCAUGGUGGAGGUCGCUUUCGAAGUCUUGCACUACGCCGAGCGAUACCUCGUGAAGUGGCGGCCUGAUAACGACGAAGAUAAUGCAUCUUUUACACGUUUAUCCGAGAGAUAAAUUAUAUAUAUCUUGGAUUAAGCUAUAUACAGUGUCCCAAUAUAAAGAGCACCUAAAUAUCCCCUCUGUUUUUAACAAUAUGAAAAAUGUGUUUAGAACACAAUUUUAAGAAUUUCGAAGAAGGAAUACUGUGGAACGGGAGGGGGGCGAAUUUUUAUAGUUUUUUUUUAGAUUAUGUUAAUAGUUAGCCCUCAAGAUAUUUAAAUGUCUUUUUUAUACUGAGACACCCUAUAUAUAUAAAUAGAAUAUUGUACACAUAUAUUAUAUUUUUCAAAUAUGUCACAGUAGUAUUUUAUC